AUGUUUAAUUUAACAAUUGUAGUUAUUGAAAAAUAUACCAUAAAGGAAGUUUCAGCUUUUGCAACAGCAUCAUCAAUUGCACAAGAAGUAUUAGGAAAUAUUCGAACAGUAGCAUCAUUUCACGGUCAAACAAAAGAAGAAGAAAGAUUUGCCAAGAAUUUAAUUGAAACAAAAAACAUUAGCAUUAGAAAAGGUAUAUAUAUCGGUUUAUGUCAAUGUUUUUCAAAAAUUUUUAAUUUUGUAACGUUUGCAAUCACAUUUUGGUAUGGUCAUCAACUUACUCAAACUGAUUGUAAAAAUUAUUCCGCUGGUACAGUCAUCGUAGUUGCAAUAUUCAGUACACUAAAAUUCAUUCCAAAUUUUCAAAAUUUUGCCGAAGCAUUAGGUAGUGCUAGUUAUGUGUUCGAAAUGAUUGAUCGACAAUCAAAAAUUGAUGCGACGAGUAACGAAGGUGAUAGACCUGAACAUAUUAUUGGCGAUAUUGAAUUUGAAAAUGUUACUUUUACGUUUCCUGCACGACCAGAAAUACCCGUAUUAGAGAUUACUAAGAAUCUAUCACUAAAGAUCUCAUCGGGAAAAACGAAUGCUUUAGUUGGCGCAUCAGGAUGUGGAAAGAGUACAAUAAUCCAAUUGAUUCAAAGAUUUUAUGAUCCAAAUCAAGGUCGAAUUUUAAUUGAUGGAAAAGAUAUUAAAACAUUGAAUGUUGCGUGGCUUCGUUCACAUAUUGGAAUUGUUAGUCAAGAACUUACACUUUUUACUGGAUCGAUUGAAGAAAAUAUUCGUUUGGGAAAACUAGAUGCAACUGAUGAAGAAAUUCAAACUGCUGCUAAAAUGGCUAAUGCACAUGAAUUCAUAAUGGCACUGCCAGAAAAUUAUAAGACAUUAUUGGGUGAUAAAUUAAGUGGUGGUCAAAAACAACGAGUGGCUAUUGCUCGAGCAUUAAUUUCAAACCCAAAGAUUCUUUUGCUAGAUGAAGCAACAAGUGCACUUGAUAACAAAAGUGAACGUAUUGUUCAAGAUGCAUUAGACACAACCAAAGCAGGACGAACAACAAUUAUUAUAGCUCAUCGUUUAAGUACGAUACAAAAUGCUGAUUUCAUUAUAGGAUUAGGACAUGGUCAACUUGUUGAACAUGGAGUUCAUCAUGAUUUAAUCAGAUCUAAAGGUCUUUAUUAUGAAUUGAUCAAAGCUCAAAAUCAAAGAGAAGCGGAUAGAAAUAAUGAUCAAACAGAUGACAGUAUUGAAACAAAUCUUAUUCGACAACCAACAUUAUUGAGAAGAUAUUCGAAACAAUAUUGUAGUUUGGCAGAUGAUUCAAAUGCGAGUGAUGAUGAUAAGAAUGAAAAAAUAGUCGAUAGUGUUUUUAUAAAAAGAAAAAUACGUUUUCGCAUUCCAUUUGUAUUUAAAAUUCUGAAACUUAAUGCUCCUGAAUGGCCUUGGAUUCUAAUCGGCACAAUGUGUGCACUUAUGUUGGGUGCUAUUGAACCAAUAGCUGCACUCUUGUUUAGUAAAAUCUAUGGUUUAAUUGCUGAACAAGAUCGUGAUAAACAAAGAUAUUUAGUAAAUGUUUAUGUUGGUACGAUUUUUUUUCUUGGUUUUAUAUCAGGAGUAGCGCAGUUGCUGAGUAACGCUGGAUUCUCGAAAUCAGGCGAAGCAUUAACGAUGCGCAUGCGAAAAUUAACAUUUGCUGCUAUGAUUCGUCAAGAUAUGAAUUAUUUCGAUCGUAAAGAAAAUUCAGUCGGUGCUCUUGUCACACGUUUAUCAUCUGAUGCAGCGGCUUUGGAGGGUAUGACUGGCAUCCGUAUUGGUAUCAUAGUUCAAACUAUGAGUACUACGAUAAUGGCUCUUACUAUUGCAUUUAUAUCGAGUUGGAAAUUAACAUUCAUUUUACUCUGCUUUGUUCCUGUGUUAGCGUUGGCAGGAAAGUCUUCAGGACAACAAGAAGCUGAUGCUGGCCAGUCAAGAAGUAAAACCUCAUUUAGUGAACAAGGUGGACAGGUAUGUAACAAAGCAUAUUAUGAUUUCAUCUUGUCUCGAUCUCAUGUACAGAAUGCCACAGAAGCUAUAGAAAAUAUUCGAACAAUUGCUGCUCUUCACCAAGAACAACACUUUAUCAAUCUCUAUGAGAAUGUAUUCAAUCGUGAAUUCAAACAAAAAAGGUAUCGUUUGCAUUUAGUUGCGAUAGCUGCUGGAAUUGCGAAUUCAGUAAUGUAUUUUGCGGAUGGUACUACGUUUUGGUACGGUAGUAAACUUGUCCAAAACGGUGAAACAAUCUUUGAAAAUGUAUUUAGGUAA